AUGUCAGAUACUGAAGAUAACAUUUAAAAGCCACCCCAUAUAAGAUAUGGAUCAAUAAUUUCUAUUUCUCAUUUUUAGGAUGAUAAUGCUUUCAUUUAUGCAGAUGGACAUGUUAAAAAAGAUGUUACGCUUAAGUCCUUUUCUCUUUAUAAGAAAGCAUAAUAACUCAAGCAGUUGGAGAUGCUCAGAAAAAAGAAAUAAAAAUUGAAUAAGAAUGAUGAAGAAGCAAAUAAAUUGCUCACAAGACAAAUAGAAACAUAAUAAUAUUUAUUAUAAGAUGAUGAUAAUAAUGCAAGUUAUGAGAUUGAUUAAUAAGUUUUUGAAGAUGAAAUAUCUUAGAAAAAAGGCUAAGAUUAAGGAAAAACAAACUCGCAUUUUGUGUAGAAUUCAUUAAAUAAAUUAGAUAUUGAGGAAGAAAAUGAUGCUGGCAGUAAAAUGAAUUAAUAUAAUGGAAUUAAGCCAAUGGUAGGAGAACGAGAAAUAGACUAAAAACUUAAAGAAUCUACUCGCUAAAAGCUAAAUCAAAAUUAAAAAAAAAAGUUAUCUAAUUUAAAUAAAUAAUCUUUUUCAAAUUGCUUAUUUAUGGUUUUCCCAAGUCUUACAAAUACUUAAAAAAACCGUGUUGUAAAGAGUUUAGGAUAUGAAAGUGAUGAAUCUGAUAAUGAGCUUGACGACGCAGAGACUAUUUUCAUAAAUCCAUAUACUCAAUAGCAAUAGUAAGCUCGUGGAAACAAUAAAGCAAGUGUAGAUACAUAGCUUCUUCUGAAGAAGAUUUAGACUCUUAACUAGCCAUAAUCACCGAAGGAUAAAAAAGGAAAAUAAGAUGAAAUAAAAUCAGAUCCAGCAAAUGCUGAUAAUGAAGAAGAAGAUAAGUAAUAGGAUUAAGAUUAUCUAGAUAGGGAGAAUUUAGAUAAACAAAAAGUUAACUUGCUGAAUGAAUAUAAAGCUAAUUUUGACACAUUCAAAAAAGCAAAAGAUUAAACUGUAUCAUUCAAUUCUGUAGUAUAAUUGCUACAUCUUAAUUCAGCAAAAUGGCUUGCCAUAAAGCCUAUUGAGGCCAAACACUAAAAAGAAAAUUUUAGAAUGACUUUGGAAGCAUACACUUCUGAGAAUACUAUGUUUAAGAUUAUUCCAUCUUUUAAAUAUCAGAAAGAUGGUGAUUAGGUUAUUUUUGCUAAUGAAAUUGUUUAUAUUGCACGUGCAUAAGAUAUUAAUAAUAGAACUACAUUUUUCAAUGCUUCAGAUGAGAUAUCGAAAAUCAAUUCAAAUGCUACCAACAAUUAUACUUAAUAAAAUUUGAAUACAAUCUAACCAAGAAAAUCGUUUAUAAAUAAUUCCCUUUAAAGUAUCCCUAAUUAUACUACUGGAUUCGAAUAAUUUACACAACAAACAUAAGUCAAAAUGGCCUCUUUAGAAAAUGAAAUUUAAAAAAGAGAGAUUAAUGGCUCAUAAGAAAAUUAAACAAAUUUUAAGCUUAACCUGUUUUAAGAAAACUACACAGAAUAUUAGCAAUAUUUAAAAUGUGGAGAUGUGAUUUGGCUGCAUCACUCAGAAGCUACAAGCCAAAUUGGAGUUUCUAGAAAAGACAAGGGAGUUAACAAAUACACUUUCACUUCUAUGAAUUUGAAAACUUGGAUGUCUCUAGAAAAUCUUGACCUAAAAGUUAUUGGAACUGCUAAACAAUCAAUCUACGAAUAAUACAGCGGAAAUACCUUUGGUAUGUGGUAAGUUGAAAGUCAAAAAAUAAGUGAUGGUGGUUUUGUUGAGUUUGGCAAUUUGUAUCGUCUCAAGCAUCUCAGUAGUGGAUUCUUUUUGAGUGUUUUGAAAAAGAAAAACAUAGAAAUUAGUUAGAGUAAUAACAUAAAUGAUUUCUUCGAACUUGGUUUAGUUGAAGUUCCUGAUAGCUCUUCUUUAUUCACAUUCGAUUGUUUACAUAAAGAUAAAUAAAAACAUAAAUAUGUUUAACUUAAUAGCUAUGUAUAUAUCAUGAGCAAAAAAUAUAAAUAUUAUAUUGAUGUUGAAGUUGAUGAAACACAAAUAUAAAAAUCUGGAAACACUUACACUAACUUUUCUUAUCCUUAGUUGAAAAUCAAUUAGAAUGAAAAACUUCUAUUCAAAGUUUACUAAGCUGACAAAAAUGAAGUUUGGGAAAUAAAUUAUGUAAUUAGUUGUUUUGGCUAUUUGACAAAAUUAGCUUUAGCUUUCGAGAAUAAUCCAAUUAGAUCAAAAAGUGAUGAAAAAAUAAUGUUUUCUCAUGUGAGAAAAAUAAAAAAAGCAAUUCAAUGUAUAGUAGACUUGACAAGAUUCUGUGAAAAUAAAGUAUACAAUAUAAGUCCUCAGUAAAAAUUUGGAACAGCUAAUUAAUUUAGGUAGAAACUUUUGAGAGAAUAGUAUUUUAUAGAUCUUUUGAUCAAAAUUUUGGAAAAUGCACUUCAGAAAUUUGAACUAGAUGUCUGGAUUAAGUCAUAAGAUAUUUUGCAAAAUUCUUUAGUUUCUCAUACUAAAAAUAAAUCUUCAGUCAGCCAAUUUAAUUUGUAGUCAACACAAAAAAACUCAACUUAAGAUUUCUAAAUGAAAGGAGGUGACUCAUAGAUUGAUUAGAAAGAAUAUGUAGCAUAUAUUAAUUGGAAAGUGACUCUUUCAAAAUUCAUUUAUAAGCUAUUAGAGGCUAUUUGCUUGCAAAACAGUUCUAAUUAGAUAUACACCUUCUAGCUCAUACCUUUCUUUUAAAUACAUGGAAAAUAUAUAUCAGAAGCGGUUGACUGCAUUUCAAACAUAUGUUCAUCUAAUGAAUAAUUGCUUAUAAAUUUAAGUGAAAAUUUAUAAAUUCAGUAUGAUUUUAAUGAAAAUACAUACAUUAAAGAAGAUUAAAGCAGAACGGUUAAAUUCUUGAUUAAUCUUUAUGAUGGAAACCCUAAAAUUUACAAAGAGUCUUCUGUUGAAAACAAAGUUUAAUUUGCUUAGCAUGAAAAAUUAGCCAAUAAACCCAUUAACUUAAUUAACUUUUUUAUGAGUCUGUUAUGGGAUCCUACAGCUAAAAAUAAAUCAGAUUAUUUAAGAUUCUUGAGUAGAGUAUGCUAUUUUAAUGAAAAGGGAAUUACUAUUAACUAAGAAAAUAUUUAUAAACUAUAUAAAAAGUUUUCAGCGAUACGAGAAGAAAUUCAAUUAAAUUUAUAAUACGAAAAUGGAAGGCUUAAAAAAAUUUAGCAUUUUUAGGAACUAGAAAAUACUUGUGAACAAAUCAUGUUUUAUGCAAAUUUAUCUUACGGCAGAAAUUAUUUAUGGAGCAAAUAUUUAAAAGAUAAAUUUAAAUCUGAAGAUCUGUUCACAUUAAUUUGGGACUCUAAAAUUAUAAAUGAUGAAAUACAGCAAAAACUUUCUUCUUCUUUAUGCAGAUUAGCACAAACACUCUAUAUUGAUUAUGAACCUCUAAAUAGAGUUUACAGACCAAAUUAUUGUAGAUUAUUCUAAGAAGUAAAUAUAAAGAAAAAGAAAGACAAAAAAGACAAAAAUUAAAAAGAUAAAUAAGCUGAAAUCAUUUCUUCAUAGGAGAUCGAAAAAUAUAGAAAAUUACUUUCAAGUCUCAAGGAAUAUUUAAAUCAAAUAAGUAUUGAAAUCGAUGAACAAGCAAGACUUUUUAAUCCUAAUAAAUCCAAAUCUUACAGCAAUUUAAAUGCAAGUGGUAAAUCACCAAGUUCCGAUCCAUUUAAAUAAAGUUUUGACUACAGUAUUAUACCUCAAAAACCUAAAAACAUUUCAGGAACUGAAGUGCUUUAGACUAUUAUGGAUUUAUUAGACUUACUUCUCCAUUUAGAUAUUUAUAGCAUAGUAGAUAGAGAAGCAGACUUUAGUGAGCUUCUUAGUUUUCUCUUAAGAAUUUUGUAAUACGACAGAAUAGGAAUCAAAUUCAUGUCAGCCUUUUACUUAACUGAAAUGAAUUCAAGUAAGAAAAAGCUUGAACAACAAAAUGCAGCUGCAUUAACAAACAUAGCUGGAGGUUUUUGUGAUGGCUUGACAAAAUUAUUCAAAUUAAUAAGUGAUUUAAUAUAGCCCUAAUCUAAAACCUCAAAUUAAGAAGAUUAAAAUGGAAACAUUUUUGAAUUCAGAACUGUGGAUGACAAUAUGCUUUUUAAUAACCCUAUCAUGAAAGGAUUUGUUAAACUAAACAAUUUAAUUGAAACAAUCAUGUAUGCUGACAGUGAGUCAAUUUAAUUAGAAAAUAAAAUUAAAUAAAAAAUUUGUGAAAUACUUGAUAAAUUUCUUUCAUUUAGAUAAGAUUAUCUUCUUACUAAUUCUCUUUGCUUUUUUAAGAAAUUAGUUAAAAAUGAUAUUGAAAAGAUAGAAAAGAAUGAUAGCAAGCUUUUCAAAGCGUUUGAUAUUCAUAAAUAAAAUUAAAGUAUUGGAAAGUAGACUCUUUCUGGAUUUUUUGCUUCUGAAUUUAUGAAUAUUGGUGGUGAUGAUGAUGCUCCUAUAGAUGAUAAAUUGUAAGUUAACCGUUCUCGUGUUGACUCUAAUACUCCACUAAACAAUAAACGUGUAAGUAUUGCUACACCAGAGUAGAAAUAAUAAAAACAAAGUGCUUUUAAACCAAGACUAGGUUAAAAUAAUUCUAAAGAUUUAGGAUCUAAUCCUCAAUUAAAACCUUAAGAGUCUAAAAGGUCCUCUACAAUUAGUGGAAAAUAAAAAUAAAAUACAAUUAUAAAACCUAUUGAUGAAUAAUUUUCUGAUUGGUGGAUAGAUACCAUAAAAAAAGAAUAGAAUAAAUAUAUUUUACCUCCUAUUUCUAUGACAGGACUCCAAAAAGUAGAUAAGCAAUAUUAAGAACCAGAAGAAAAGUUAAACUUAAAUUUAAAUUUAAAUCUGAACUUAAUGGGAACAGAAGAAAUUGUUUAACCUAAAUUUAAAAAUUUUGUUGAUGAUAAAAAGUAAAUAAUUUAUAGCUUUGAUUAGCUACUUACAAUGAAAGAAAAAGGCAAUAAAAAAUUAAAGGAAAUUGGCCAAUUAACUCACAGUGCUCUUCCUUCUCUUCUAUGCACAUUUUUAUAAACCUAAGAUUAAGAUUUAGAAAUUAAAGUUCUAAAUAUUAUUAUGAGACUAUUUAACUAGCGUUUUGAGUUAGUUGAGAACCUUGGAGAACUUUAAAUCAUCUUUGAUGCUAAUAAAACUUAGUUAUUUUAAUUUUUGAGAUAGUAAUUUAGAACAGUUUCAAAAUUGAUGGAAUAGAGUGAAAUCUGGUUCCAAACUCUAGAAAAAAAAUAAAAUGUACAGCUUAUUAAUGCUUAAUCUGGAGAACCAACACCUAGUCAUAUUAGCAUGUCUUCAAAGUUAGUGAAUAAAAUUAUGGAUUAAACUGAUAAUUCACCUUUCUAACUCUCUAAAGGAGUUUCUGUACUUAAGAGAUCGACUUUUUCUGAAAAAGAACAUGAAGCUUAUAUGAUAUUAAAGCUUAUAGAAAGCAUAAGAAACGGACUUUGCCUUGACAUCAUCAUUAAUCCCAAUUAAGAUUAAUUAGGGUAGCAUGUUAUAGUUAGAAAUAAAAAUAUUGAUCCUGAGAAACAGAAAAUUCAUAAAUAUUUGAAACUUUAUGAGCCAAUUAUUUAAUUAAUUAAAGAUGGUAUGCCUCAUUUCGAUAAUAUUAUAAUGAGUGAAUCUUACACAAUAUUAACAAAAAGAAUGAUCUACAAGUUGUUUUUAGAAGCAUUUGGGUACUUGAAAGAUUUUGUAACAAAAAAUCCGGAUAAUUAAAUGCUAAUUAGUAUGUAUUUAAAUUCAUUUUUAAGUCAUUUACAGUAUGAUUUAGGUUAAAUUGAUUUGAUCUGUGAGAUAUAUAAAGAUAACAUUGAUCUCAUAGGAAAUAUUAGUAGCGAUUUAGUAUAAACAUUUAUCAACUUAAUAGAGCACGAGGGUCGUUAAGACAAAUUUUUGGAUUUCUUUAUUGUGAUUUAGAAGUCAAACAAAAAAAUGGUUUUCGAAAAUUAGCUAUUAGUCUUAAACAGCUUCCUACCCCUUGAAGGAUUAAAUGAACUUGAAAUUAAAUUGACAUAUUCAGAUGGAGCCAAAAAGACUUCAGAUAUUUAAUUUUAUUUUGAAGAUGUCAAUACUAUGGACGACUAAAAUUUGAUAGAUCGCUUGAUGGAAGUCGAUUUCAGAGAUACAUAUUUAGAUUAACCUUUUAGAUAUCAUGCUAAGUUGCUCAUUUGUCUUCUCUACUCUACUCUCUAAACAAAUUUAGAUAUAAAUGAUCCAUUCUUAAAUAUAAGCAAAGACCACUUCAAUAUCAGUGUUGCAAAGCUCAAAAAAACAUUUUCAUUUUUCUAUCUUUUAGAGGUUCUACAAAAAGAAGAUGAUUUUGUUUAAUAUAGCGGAUAUACCUAUUAAGAAGAUGAAAAAGUUGAAGUUUAAGAUGAUGUAAUCCUUUAAUCAUAGUUUUUAUCAGAUAAGGAACUUAGAAAACAAGGAUUUAGUUACUUAAAACCUUAUGUAUGCGAUUUUAUCAAGAUUGUCCAUAUAUUUUCAGAUACUUAGAUGACAGAAACUCUCUUCAGUGAGUUAACAUAUACCUAAAAAGAAUUCUCAUAGUUUAUCGAGAAAGAAGGAUUAAGAUUUAUCAGUGUUCAAGAAGAUAAGAUUAAUUUGAGAUAUGUUGAAUAUGUUUGUAUUCAUGUAUUUGGCAUGGUGCAAGCAUAUUUUGAUAAAUAUCUGUAAAAUUAUGUUGAUAAGCAUUCAAAAGAAGAAGAAGAGAGAAGAGAUUUAGUUAAAGUUAGAGAAUUCGUUGACAACAUUGCAAAAAAAAUGAAAUCUAGUAAAACAAUCAGAAAACAAUUUUAGGAUUAUGAUAAACAUUUCGAAAGAGUUAAAACUCUCUAAAGAUCCUUUUUCAAGGCUACAAAUGUUAUCCUCAAUAACGAUGAAGCAGAUGAUUUCUUUGAUGCAAUGAGCUAAAGUGAAUCAAGAUCUGAUAUUGAUAAUGAAUAAGUUUAAGAUUUAGAACCAGAUCAAUAAAAUAAAUAAGUUGGUUUUUCUUUAUUCCCAAGUAGCAAUUUUAAACCAGAAAUGAAAUCUUCAAAUUAGAUUAUUAAGAAAGAAGUUAAAUUAGAUUCUUCAUCUAGGAAAGAAUCUCUCUUUGGUAGUAAAGAUAAACUGGGUAUCUAAGAAAUGAUCUUAUAAGAGUAUUAAGAGUUGCACUGGAAGUAAUUUGUAGUUGCUAUGAAUAAGUCAGAUCUGAUCAUUGAGCAGGUUGACAGAGAAGUUAAAGCUUUUGCAGAUGCUAUUUUAAAUAUCGAGCAGUAUAUUGAUUAGGAAUAUCAAAGAUACAUAGACCCAAAAUUAGAUCUUAACUUGAUCCUUAAGAAAUUUAUUAAAUUCUUAUAAUUCAGUUUGAAAGUAGGAAAUAGCAAGUAAACUGCAUUGACUCUGAUAAAUGUACUGAAAACAAUCGUAGAAAAAGACCCUGAGCAAAUAGUUAAUAGAUAAGAUUAAAUGGAUAAACUUGGAGCAAGCUAAAUGGUUUUAAUUAUAUUAUCAGAAUAUUCUCACAAUUUAGAUGGAUAGUUAUAUAUUGAUUUUGUAUCUUUCUUGAAUACCUUAUUAAAGGGAGGCAAUUCUCGUGUUUAAAAGACAGUUUAUGAUUUCUUUGUAAAUCAGCCAAAGUCUGAGAUAAUUUUCAUGAAGUUUAGCUAGUUCAUCAGAAAGUAAAUUGAUUACAUCGAACAAGAAGCUAAAAUAAAGAAAAGAAAGGAGGAAGAAAAAAAGGGUAAGCUAAAAAAUAUAGGAAAUGAUGACUUUUAAGAAGGUAUUUCUUAAAUUGUUGAUGAUGAAGAAGGAAAAGAUGACGGAGAAGAAGGAACAUCUUUCACUCAUGCAUAAGAUGUCAUUAUUUUAGACUGUGUGUUAGAUUUCCUUUCUCUAGCAGUAGCAGGACACUAUACAGAAAUGCAGGAUUAUAUCAGAGAAUAAUUUAAUUUGAGAAACAAAUAUGAUAUGGUUUAAAAUGUUGCUGAUUUAUUGAAGGCUUACUAUAAUGAAGGUGGUUAGUAAUAAUAUUAUGAAGGUAUGAUGAAGUGCUUAGACACUCUUAUCAAAUUCGUAUAAGGUCCAUGCUUUAAUAAUUAACAGGCUGUAUCAGAUAGCAAAUUUUUUGAUGUUGCUCAUGAUUUAUUUGAAAGGGAAAUGAAAUAUAAGUCAGGACCUGAUGACGGAAAAAGCUAGUUCACAUCUAGAAAGUCAUAAACUGGAAGCAAGUAGGGUAGAUAAACAAUAAAAACUAAAUCAAUCUUAAGUAGAGUCAAAUAAGGUUCAGGAGAAGAGCCUUUUGAAAAUUGGAUGAUCGCUAGACUUUAAUACAAAUGUUUGUGCUUAGUUCAUAGUUUAUUAGAAGGUCGUAAUGUGAAGAUAGAUUAAAGUAUUAUUAAGAAAAUUGCAAGAAAUAUUCAAAUUGACACAAUAGAAAAGCGUAUUGUAGAAGUGUAUACAAGCUUUGAUACCAUUUAUAAUGGAGAUUAUGUUAUGGGAAGCUUUGAUCACAUUAACUUUUCUUUCGACCCAAGUAACAUAAAAGAAUAAGAAAAUCCAUACUACAAACAGAAUAUGGACAAAUAUCCUAACACGAUUAUAUAAAAUGCAUUCAUGCUCUACAUUCUCUUCUGUCUUUAUAAAGAUUCUGGAGAAAGGAUAGAUAAUAACAUUAUGCAAUUUUAUAAAUUGCAAUAUAAAAAGAGCAUCUUAUCAGAAAAGAAUGCUCUUAUAUCAUUCCUGACAGGUGAUAAUUUAAUAGGAAAUAUUGUUACUUUUGUUAAAUCAUUUAUCGAAAGUAGUAUCAAGACAGCUUAAAGUAUUAAAAACUAGGCUUAAAAGUAAAUUAAAAACUUAAGGGAAUAACCUAGUGAAGAAGAAGAUGAGUUAGCUAGAAGAAAAUUGUAGGCUAAACAAUAAGAAAAAUUCAAAGAAAAUCUUUAGAAGGCAGUAAAAUUCCUUUUUAAAAAUACAGCUCACAUAGAAGUUUUAAGAAAUGGAUAAAUUGAAAUCAUUUAUUUUUAUCUUCUGCCAUUCUGCUAAAGACUUCCUAAAGAUAAGAAAAAAGAUUUCAACGAAUAAGUUGAUCGCACAAAUGAAAAAGCUAAGGUAACAGGCCUUAUGACUUAAGCAGAUUAUUUGCUUGAUGUUUGUAGAUAAGAAGAAAAUCUAAACAAAUUCUUCAUGUCAAAUAAAUUCAUUUCUUUAUUUGCUAACUAUGUCAAGCUAUGGAAGGAUGUUGCUUUCAUGCUGACAAUUGUAUUGAACAUAUUUAACUUAUUAACUUUUACAAGUAAGUUUGAUGAUAGAUUCUACAACUAACAUUUAUUUUUGGAUUAUAAAUCAUACUCUGUUUAAUAAACAAAUCGUAUCAUAUAUCUGCUCGGAGCUAUCAUGACCUGCUGCAGCAUGUUUGUUGUUUCCUUUUUCUUAGUUAAGAAUCUUCCUGUUUUAAUUAAAAGAAUUUGGAGUGCUGAUAAAGGUUAAGAAAAUGAACUUUUUAAACACUUUUUGGCGAGAAUAUUUUUAUGGCUUUUCAAAUUAAUCAAAAUAAUGGUAAGUCUAUUGCAGGAAAUAGAAAUUAUAUAUUACAUAUGUUACGGAACUUUUGCAAUUUUAGGUACUGUUGUUCACCCAUUCUUCUUUACUUUCCACUUAUCUGAAAUAUUUAUAAGAUUCCCUCUACUUAUGAGUGUUAUUAAUGCUGUGUAUAUUCCAAGAAAGAAUCUUCUUUUGACAUACAUCUUGUAUUUAAUACUUGCUUGGUUGUUUUCACUAUUUGCAUAUUAUUUUUAUGCUUCUACCAUUUUAACAGACGAGUGCUCUACGUUAGCUUAUUGCUUUGGUUUGCUUCUUGAUUAAACAUUCAAAUCAAAUGGUGGUGUUGGAGGAUAUAUAACAGGCAAUUUUUAAGGAACUGAUCAUGAUGGUAAUCGUACUGAUCAUGACUUCUUUUAGCCUGGAAGAUUUUUCUUUGAUAAUUUAUUCUGCAUUUUUGUUGUAAUUAUUAUGGUCAAUAUUGUUGCAGGUUAAAUUAUCGAUUAAUUUGGUGAAUUAAGAGAAAGAGAAAAUAGUAAAAUAGAGGAUACUGAAGGAAAAUGCUUUAUCUGUGGUAUCAAAUCGGAUUUGUUUGAUAAGAAAGUAGAUAAGAGUAGCAGAGGAGGUUUUUAUAGCCAUAUAAAAGAAAAUCAUCACAUGUGGAAUUACGUUUUUUAUAUAGGUUACUUAAGGAGCAUUAAUCCUUUAGAAUACUCAGGUAUAUAGCAAUUCAUACACGAUAUGAUUUAAGAAAAUGAACCUGCAUGGUUCCCAACCAAUAGAGCUAGUGAUUUAGAUUUAGAAGAAGAUAGUAGCGAAAAAGAAAAAUAAAUUGUCAAUGAAAUAAUAUAAAAUACCAAUCUAAUAAAUGAAAGCGCAAAAAAUGUCUUGAAAACCCUAAGCUAAUUAAAAAAUAAUUGA